GGGGAACGGACGGGGGUGGCGGAGCGGGACACAACCCCCGGCACCGAGCCGAACAGGGUCGAGCCGAGCCAGGCAUGACCCCCAGUUAGCCCAACAGCCAUAAUGGCCGCCACCCCUGGUCCGUUAUUCCGGCCGGGAGGGGGCGUGGCCAGCCGCGAGGGGGCGUGUCCAGGUGCUCGCCCAGCGGCCGGGCUGACGCCGCCAUUUCGUGAUCCGCUCUCGCCGAGCCGGCCCGGGGGCGGUGGGGAGCCCGCGGGGAUGGCGCCCGCUGCCGGGUCCGGCCGGGGGGGCGCCCGCCUCCCUCAGCGAGCGGAGCAUCUGACUCAAAACCACCUGGCUUGAACUCAAGCUAAAGACAAGCUGCAGAUGAGGUGGAGGUGUGAAGCUGAGUGUUGAAAGUGCUGGAGGCUUCAGGCAGCAUGCAGGAGUACCUAGCUGAGUUAUCAUGUUGGUAGUCUAAGAGCUGGCUGAUGAGGUGAGUGGGGGCUGGACUCACAGGUAUUUCCAUGGCUUCUCUCCAAGGGCUGUUGAGGCUCAGAAGUGGAAGAGUAAGAAGAGCGAAUGAGAGUCCUGGCAGGAAUGGUUUUCCCCUUAAAUUUCCACUGUCACUGAUAAACUUGUAGAGGACAUGUAGAUUUAGAUGACUGUACAAACUCAAAGAGAAACAUGUUUGGUCACAUUUACCUUACGUAUUCUAAGGUGCCGAACUGCAGAAUAUGUAAGAAAUAUCAAAAAUCAGAUCCUGCAGGUGUAAGUGUUCUUUAAAAUGCCUGUGAAAGUACCACUGUCUUCUGUAUGACUUCUGGAUGAAGCUGGUUACCUUGUUGAAAGUAGAAAGUUGGUUUUUUUUGUACUUGUGUAAUUUGUAAACUUGAUCUGAAUGUCAAAUUAUUUUGUUCUGUGCCAUUCACUAGUGUCAAAGCUAAAUGGACUUGAUAGAUAUUGGUGACUUAAUCACUUUCCAGCUUGCUAUUAUAAGUGCUGAACUUUACUUAAAGAUUGUGUAACUAGUAAGUCAUAUCUUCUUUUGCUUCAUUCUUGAUUUUGGUUGGAAAGGGGAAAACAAGCAUUUUUUUAUCUCCGAAAUAUUCUUCAUGCUUUAAUGAAUUAAAAAAAAAUGAAAUGAAAAAGAACGCUCUCUUCAUCUGUGGAAGAGUUUAUUACUUUGCAAUUAUGAUUAUCAGUUGCACAGAUACAGGUUCUUAACACUUAUUCGGUGACUUCCUCUAGUCAUGCUAAAGCUUUGAGCAGAGAAGAGUUACAUCUCAGAUAAAUCAGAUACAUUUAAAAUACUGUGUUGAGUUUGACCACAAUAUGGUUUGUCACAAUUUUUAAUUUUAAGCUGUCUCUUUUGCAGAGAAGAUCAGUUUAAAAAAAAACAGUUUAAAUUCAAAAACAAUCUAUUGUAUUAAACUUAGAGAAGAAGGUUCUUUCCAAAGACUUAUACCUUUUCUCAGCUAUCUGUAGAUUCACAGUCGUACCUUAGUACUUUGCCUGUAAAUAAAAACCAAGUCCUGCAAAUAUGAAUAUGAUGAGGGUAGUAGAGUAAAAUAACAACACCUAGAAUAGGCAAUAUUUUAAUAGAUCUUAUGUAUUAAAAACUCUAACAAAACUUAAUAACUUCCUUAUAAUUAAUCAUUGUAUCUUUUUUUUUUUCUAACCUGCCUAUCUACAUUCUUUCUGGAAACAUUUUUUUCAACAGUGAUGAGUUCUUGUAAUAUUUCAAAUAAAGGCAAGUGAUCUUUAUUUUAACUGUUUUUAUAAGUUGGAAUCAGUGGCUUAGAAUUUUCUAAUAUUAUCUUCAUGCAAAAUCAAUACUAAUAGUCAUACAGCGCUUUAGGUAUUUAUUUGAAGCAGAGCGCUUUCAGCAAGGGAUUGGGGGUGGAUGUACUAUUGUCAUAAAAUUGUCUGUUUUGAGCAUCAUACCCCAGGAUGAUAGUAGCAACUGUGCGAAUGCAUCUCCCCCAAUGCACUGAAGAGGUUAAAAUAAUUAUCUGUACGUAUAUCUCAUUUUAUGUACAAUAUGAUUUGCUGAAUGUGAUUGUUUUUAAUGUAUUUGCAGGUAUGGAAGCAAAAUGUUUAUUUUACAAUCAGUAGGCUAUAUUUCUUAAUCACUAUGGAAACACUGAUGGGUGGACCACUACGUGUUUACCCAUUUGUGUACAUCAUCUGUAUUCUGUGUGCAGCUUGUUGCAGCAGCUUGCCUGAAAGGUUUCCAGAAGGGCCACCUUUCAACCUAAAAAUGGAAUCUUGCAACUUCCAGCAUGUUUUGUCCUGGCAGGCAGGAACUGACCCAAAUGUGACAGCAUACUAUCGUGUACUGUACACUGACCGCAGGGACUGGAUGAUUGCACAAAACUGUUCAUAUAUUGAACAACUCUCCUGUAACCUAACAGAGGAUUUAAAAAAUGCAUCUUUUCAGUAUUCUGUAUUUGUUCGGAGCUUUGUAGGAACUGAAGUAUUCAAUUCUUCUGCACUUCAUUUUGUGCCAAUUACUGACACAUUCCUGGGACCACCAGAAGUUAAUAUCAGUUCUUGUCUAAACUGCAUAAAUGUCACCGUAAAGUUGCCAACCUCUCACUUAAGAAAUAAUGAAAAGCCGGUGUCUUUAAUUGAUAUAUAUGAAGAGAUUGAUUAUUAUAUAACACUGAAAACACUUGAUGGAGAGCAUAAGAGGCCACGUGAGAGAACCACUAAAGAAACUUUUAGUAGUGUCAUUGGAGAAUUGUAUCCAAAUACAAACUACUGUGUGUCUGUUAUCGUCUCCGCAUCUAUGAAUAAACGUUCCAUCCCAUCAGCCUGGAAAUGUGCAACUGCAGACUCUGUAGCUCGACAAGGUUAUUACAGCAUUUCAUUUGCAGGUGCUGUAUGUUUUUCACUGGUGUUAGGUAUUGUCCUGAAGUGUAUGCAUGUGGGAGGCUAUAUUCUUCAAAAAAAGUCACUUCCUCGUACCUUGGUUUUUAUUGGGAGGACACUUGCCUAUUCACCUUAUACAUAUGAAACUGAAAAAAUACAAUCUGUAGAGAUCAUUUAUAAAGAGGUUAAAAAAAAGGCGGUGGAAUCUAGUGUCAGUGAUGAAGGUGACAGCGAUGACAGUGAUGACCUAAGUAAUCAUGACUACACAAGGCGUGAUAUCGUAAGAAGAGCACCUCAUUCCUCUGACACGACAGGUGUAUUUGUGCGGUGCUCUACAAGUAGCACAUGUGAUGAUGGUAGCAGCCAGGCAAGUGAACAUCCAGAUGAUGACCCAGAAGUUUUUGAAGAGAAUGAGAUGGACAUUGAAAAAGAUGAAGACCCAGGCUGCAAGUUACUUCAGCCUUUCCCUGAGGAGAAUUGUACCUAUUCUUCUAGGUCAACGAACAGUGCUUGCUUUACCAUAAACUUGAAAACUGUGCUUCUGGGAAUCUCUAAAGAGACCAUGGACAGUUCUGCAGCUCUUCUGUCUUCCCAGGAUGACACAGUUGACUGGCAACAUAGACAUGCUUUUGAAUCACAACUCCCUGAUGAUACAGAAAGUGUGCAGAAACCACACAGUCUUAACAACUCUCAAGAAUGGAAAGAUUCAUCUAGUUCUUCCAAUGAAAGUGAUUCAUCAGAUUCAGAUAUGGACCCAAAAACUGAAUACCUAAGAAGAUGAAUCUGAGAACCACUAUUGUUUUAUAACAUACAAAUAGAUACUGUCCAGCUUUGCUCUUUCUAGACUGAACAUACAGAUCUGAUCUCUUUUCUUUUUUUUAACAUUCUGAAAAUAUAUGCCUAAAUACUGAAAA